AUGGCAACUUCUGGUGCUGUUUCCUAUGGAGUUUAUGAUAUACUGAAAUCAGCAUAUUUGCAUUCACCAAAAGGAAGAAAACGGCUUUCACAACUUGGCCGAUUAAAUGCUUUGCAACAACUUGAGGUGGGUCCUACCAGAACUUCACUAUAUGGGGCGAUUACUGGUGCAAGUUCUGAAGCUGCUACAUAUCCAUUUGAGCUUGUGGGAAGGAAGCUUCAGAUGCAAGCUCGGGAAACUAAGAUGAGCACACUGCAAACUCGUGUCAAGAUAGUGGAGCAAGGUGGCAUUCCUGCACUGUGUGCUGGAUUAUUCCCAUGUUUAUUACAGGUAAAUGAAUAG